UUCUCAAUUCAAGACCCUGUACAAAGACCAGAAAGAAUCGCAAUGUACCUUAGUCUUGUAGUAUAUUUAUUAACUAUUACUAUUAUGAUAUAAACAACUCCCCAGCUUUCUCUUCUCUUUCUCUCUUCCUCUAUGUUGCUUUUACCUGCAUAUGUUACGGCAUAUUAAAGGAAGUGACCUGUUCUUCCCACGGAUUUUGCCAUUGCCAGCUGGGAACACUACCAGAGGUCAAAUUUUGCAGGACAAGGUACAACAACUACCAUUGGAGAUAUUCAUUUGCAUAAACGUUCCGGUGAUGACUUGUUUCCCUUCGUUUUUCAAAAAGAAGGGAUCUCCCCCAACUAAACGUGCUACAGAAGUUGACGAAGUUGUUUCAAGUGUUCAGAAUACAAACUUGUACACUUACAAAGAAUUGCGAAUAGCAACUGAAAAUUUUAAUCCAGCCAAUAAAGUUGGAGAGGGAGGUUUUGGUUCUGUCUACAAGGGAGUGCUCAAAGAUGGCUCAGUCGUGGCUAUAAAGGUACUAUCAGCUGACUCAAGACAAGGGUUGCGGGAAUUCUUGACAGAAAUAAAAUUAAUUGCAGAUAUAGAACAUGAAAACCUGGUUAAGUUGUAUGGUUGUUGUGUUGAAGAAGACCAUAGGAUCUUGGUCUAUGGCUAUCUCAAGAAUAACAGCCUUGCACAAACUCUUCUUGGUGGAGGUCAUAGCAGCAUCCAAUUCAGUUGGCCUACAAGGUGUAAAAUAUGCAUAGGUGUUGCGCAGGGGCUUGCAUUUCUUCAUGAAGAAGUCAGUCCGCAUAUUGUUCAUAGGGACAUCAAAGCAAGCAAUAUCCUCCUUGAUGAAAAUCUGAUGGCCAAAAUUUCAGAUUUUGGCCUUGCAAAGCUUUUCCCACCCAAUAUGACCCAUAUAAGCACACGUGUUGCUGGAACUGCAGGUUAUUUGGCACCUGAAUAUGCUAUUCGAGGACAGCUGACAAGGAAAGCAGAUUUAUACAGUUUUGGUGUUCUAAUCCUGGAAAUUGUUUGUGGGAGGUCCAAUACGAACAGGCGGUUACCCCCAGAAGAGCAAUAUCUUCUUGAACGGGUAUGGGAAUUGCAUGAGAAGGGAGAACUGGCGACUUUGAUAGAUCCAUCAUUGCAUGGAGAUUAUGACACUGAAGAAGCUUGCAAAUACAUGAAGAUUGGUCUUCUUUGCACCCAAGACAUACCAAAGCUGAGACCAACAAUGUCCACUGUGGUUAAGAUGCUAACGGGCGAGAUAGAUGUGAAUGACUAUAAAAUAUCAAAACCUGGACUGCUUGCUGAGUUCAUAGCUUUCAGAGGUAGUGACAAAAGAAAGAAAGCUAACGUCUCAUCUACUACAGGAUCUGCCGGUUCAACUAAGCCGGGCGAUGACAAUUUAUCUUCAUCAUCGGGGAUGGCUACCUCAUAUGCUACUAUGACCUUUAAUUCUAUAUAUGAUAGAAGCAAUUAACUUGUGACAUUUUUACGUGUCUUCUUCUUCUUUUUCCCAAGGGGGAUUAUAAUGGAUGCUAUGUUUAUUGUUUAGUUUUGUAUGUUCCCUUUUGGUUUUUUAGUGAGGUGAGGUUGUCCUUGUAAAUCAAGAGUUUUCCCCCACCUUUUUUUUUUCCCUAGUCCAUAUUUCCGUUGAUCACUAUUUUUUUUUUCUUUUAUCUUGUAUUUAAACUACACCAUAUACUUAUGAGCAUUCCUUCAUGCCAUAAAUAGAUAUUCCUGUAAAUAUCAUGUAUUUUUUUUUCCUUUUUUUUUGGAGAAAGGGUCUAUGCAAUAAUCAAUAACCCCCAUUUGCAUUUA